UGUAUAUAGAAAAAGCAUAAAAAACUGCUAAACCAAAAAAAAAUGCAAUCCGUAAAAAUGAAGCAGAGUAUAAUUCUUCAGGUGUUCGACAGCUGGUAAACGCGUUUUCGACAACAAAAUCAACUGAACCACGUACUAGUGUGUAUGAACGUUAAAUAUUUUGUGUAGACAACGCUCGCUAAUUCGACUAAAGACGCUUCAUUUAGAAAUUCUCGCGCCAAAUUCGAAAUUAAUGCAUUUACUUAAGCAAACCAUCCAAAACUGAGCUCAAGCUGUUAAAGUGCAGCGACACAAAAAAAUUGGUACAAAGGGAUUAAACGGAGUGCAAAAAGCAGCAACAAGAAACAAACAAAAAAAAAAUUGUACUAAAAUGCAUUAAAACCCUUAAAAGAGCCAUAUUUCACUUUCAACCAAAUUUCAAACGUCCAAUCAAUACUCAAAAAAAAAAAACAUCAAAAAUUGGUUCUGUGUGCGCGAACUCAUAUCACCCGGCGACCGCAAACAUGGCCGAUUCGCCGAAAGAAUCCAUGCGACAGCCAACAAACCGCGAUUCACAAACGCGUCGCGAUAAACCACAAACGCUUAGUGGCAUCGAGGCCACCAAAGCGCUAAAUCUGCAAGCAACUGCAUCCGCCGCGGCAGACAAAAAUUUGACGGAAGCGCUAAGUGACACACAGCAAGCGGAAUUGGCAGCGAAUUUGGCGCGUAAUCGGGCGCGUUCGCGUACAGUCGGUAGUCGCGGCAUCGGUGAGUGUAGUAGCGGAAGUGGUGGUGGAGGUGUUGGUGUCGGUGUCGGUGUCGUUGGAACGAUGGAUGCGCGUGACGUGCGCAAGCAUUCAUGCGACGGUGUGGUAAGCAUUGGCAUUGGUGGUGGCAGCCACAGUGGCAGCGGUAACAACAGCAUUGUCGAUGGUGCAGCGGGCGCUAAAUUUGGCAGUGGCAGCGGCAUAGACGAAUUUGCUGGAAGUGAUAGUACGCGGCGACGUGAAAGUCUCAACUAUGAAGAUACGAGCCCAUGUAGCCACAGCUUCAAUAAGGCAAUUUUUGGACGCAAUGCACACAGCCGGACUGGCGUUGGUGGUGGCAUGACAAGGAAGUGUGUACUCACACUGGACGGGUACUCGUAUGUUAUAGUCGCCAGCACACCUGAGAGUAUACCAAAACGUGAACGUGACGAUCCACCCACCGGCGGCAGUAGUGGUACAGUUGGUGGUGGUGGCGCAACACCGAUUGGCUCAACAAGUGGCAGCCUAACAAGCGAUAGACGCUCAAAAUCAGAUAGUCCUACUGGCAGUAGUAGUGCGGCAUUAAUAGGCAGUGGUUUAGGUACAUUCACGAGUGAGGAAAUAAGCAACACAACAACAACUACAACAGCGCAUACAACAAAUAGCGGCACAGUUGAGAGCGUGACGAUCAAUGGUCAAAUUGGAAGGCACGGCUCACUCACCAUUGUACGACGUUCAAAUAGCCGCAAAAGCUUUGUACAACUGGACGCACAACAACAAAAUAUUCUCACAUCGCCAUCAACAGCCGCAACAACUCCUGUAGGUGGCCCUCCACAUCCCCAGCAACAAACACAACAACCAUUUACCGGCAUAACCGCCGAUUUAGCUGCCCAAUUACUUUGCAGCAGCGACAAAAGGGGUCAACAGGGAACAGCAUCAAGCAGUGACAAUCGCUCCAAAGAUAACAGCAAAAAUAGCAAUACUUGCGAUAGCCGUUUUGAAGUUGAAUCGAACGUUUCGGUUUCACCGAACGUAACAACCACCGGCAUCGCAAGCCAACAACAAUUAAGGCACAAUUUAGCAGCUGUUCGAGGAGUAGGUACACCUAGCACCGCUACUGUUGGCUUCAGUAGUAGUAAUAACGCCACCGCCGCCAUCAACAACAACAAUUCCGACAACAACGCCAGCAAUAAGUACAGUAGUAUCGCCGCCAAUACCGCCAAUAGCUGUAUAACCACCAGCAUCGUCACCAACAAAAUGCAAUCAUCACCACCGAGUUCACCAAAUACGGGCGAUAUUCGUACGACCAUGCGCGACAAUGGAGAAGAUGAACGCGCGUCGGAGGUUACAGCAGCAACGGUCGUUGCGGAUACGUCAGCAGCGAGCCUGGAUUUGGCAACUGAAAAUUUACCAGCUGUCGAUACACCGGACGCUUGCGAUAAGGCAGCCGUAAGAUUGCGCUGCUUAUUGCAUUUAAUAAAUACCGGCGAAAUUUCAAAUGAUAUUUUGCAACGCAACCUUCAUUAUGCGGCACGCGUGCUCGAAGCUGUCUUUCUCGACGAGUCCAACAGUCAGCAGACACGCGAACCAAAUGAUUCGCAUCAAGGUUGCAAUGGUAAUUGCAGAAAUGUCAGUUGUAGCCAGCGUAGCCACGACGAGCAGCAUCAAGAGCAACAAGAAUACAGUUGCGGCAGCGGUGGUGACACUGGCGAUGGCGAUGGUGGUGGUGGUGGUAGUGGUAGUAAACAUAGCAAUCAGGAUAAUAACAAUUUGUGCAACAGUUGUAACCAACAACAACAAAACAAUGCGUCUGACAAUCAAACGAGCAUCGAUAGUCGCACCAAGGGAGUAACACUGGCACCCCAAACGCACAGUGGGCCCACAGGACCGCCGGACACGAUUAUGGAAGCAGAUCCGGAAACUGAAGCAGCUGCGGAAGCGGAUAACGAUAACGUGACGACAGCAACAAGCGAUGCGAAAACCGGUGCGCAAGCAGAGCAAGGGCACACAAAUGCCAGCGAGGCAGAGGCGGCGGCGACGGCGGGGGCGGGGGCAUCAAAAGUUAGCUUUGCUGAUGGUAAAAGCGAGAAACAAUGCAGUGGUGGUGGUCAUCGUGGUGGUGAUGGUCAGAGUGUCGGCAGCAGUAGUAGUAAUAAAGCAACCAUGCAGAGGCAAAGGCGCCUGCGCACACCGGUCUGGGCGAGGUCCAUGUCGUCGACGACAAAUAAAACACGCCUCGCCGACGAAGAUGACGAAUUAUCCGAGGUGCAACCAGAUGCUGUACCGCCUGAGGUGCGUGAGUGGUUGGCCUCCACGUUUACGCGGCAAUCAGCGACUACACGCAGACGAAACGAUGAGAAGCCGAAAUUUCGUACUGUUGCCCAUGCAAUACGCGCUGGUAUAUUUGUGGAUCGAAUAUAUCGUAGCGUCUCGCGUACGGCGCUCAUGCAAUUUCCGCCUGAAGUUGUCCAAAUACUUAAGAAUUUGGAUGACUGGUCAUUUGAUGUGUUCGCCCUAGCGGAAGCAGCUGGCGGCCAACCAAUCAAAUACCUCAGCUACGAUUUGCUCAAUCGCUAUGGCAUCAUACAUAAAUUCAAGAUAGCACCUGCCACAUUGGAAAUAUUUUUGAAUCGCGUCGAAGAGGGCUACUGCCGCUAUCGCAAUCCAUAUCACAACAACAUUCAUGCGGCCGAUGUAACCCAAACGACGCACUAUAUACUCUGCCAAACGGGUCUCAUGAAUUGGCUGACUGACUUGGAGAUAUUCGCCACUUUGCUUGCCGCGCUCAUACAUGAUUUCGAACAUACCGGCACCACGAACAACUUCCACGUAAUGUCCGGUUCGGAAAAGGCACUACUCUAUAAUGAUCGUGCCGUUUUGGAGAAUCAUCAUGUGAGCGCCGCUUUUCGUUUGCUCAAAGAGGACGAUUGCAAUAUACUGAACAAUUUAUCACGCGAAGAGUUUCGGGAAUUUCGUACACUCAUCAUUGACAUGGUGCUGGCCACCGAUAUGUCCUUCCAUUUUCAACAACUUAAGAAUAUGCGCAAUCUGCUGACGCUCAACGAAGCGUCGGUGGAUAAGUCCAAAGCGAUGGCAUUGGUACUACAUUGUUGUGAUAUUUCGCAUCCGGCAAAACGUUGGAAUCUCCACCAUCGCUGGACGAUGUUGUUGUUCGAAGAAUUCUUUCGACAGGGUGACCUGGAGCGCGAACUUGGCCUGCCGUUUAGCCCGAUGUGUGAUCGUAACAAUAUACUAUUUCCAGAGUCACAGAUCGGUUUUAUUGAUUUCAUUGUGGAUCCCAGUCUAUCGGUUAUGUCCGAUAUGCUGGAAUAUGUGUUGACACCGUUAGCGCCAAUGUGCAAGACAACAAAUGCGAGUAUAGAUGCUGGCGAUGUGCCGGUUGAUGGUGCGUCGGCAAGCGCACGCAGUCGGUUAAGCUCAAGCAUCGACGAAGGCGGCACAUCAACGGCUGCACAACAGGAGGAGGGUAGCGGAAAGCCUGCUAGUGGAAAAGUGACGCCAAAGUUUAGCAUACGAAAACCAUGGCUCACUUGUCUCAAUGAUAAUAAAAAAAUCUGGAAAGAGCAGUCGCUUAAGGAGGAAGCCGCUCGCAAUGAAAAAGCCGCUCAGAAAAAGGAUGGUGAUGAAGAGGAAUAAAUUCUGUAUAAGUGCAUAGUUGAAUAUAUAAGAGCAACACCAUAAUUUGGAACUGAAUAGAGACUUACAUGUGUAAUAAGUAUGUAUGUCUAUUUAGCGAAAGUAGGAACAACAAAGAGAUAUAUUUAAAAACACACACACACACUUACACACAAACACAUUUAUUAAAUAUACAUACAUAUUUUACUUUAAUGGUUGAAAUUAUUAGUUUUAAAAGCUUAUAUCGAAAUCUUUUGAGAUUGUAAACAGCAAUUCGAGCGAUUGCUGUGCCGCAAGAAAAAAAAUAUUACAAAUAAAUAAAUAAACUAGUUUUUUAAUUAACUUCGGUAAGCCAAUAAAGCAUAAAUAUGUUAAUAACUAUAAUUAUUAUUAAAAAUUCAACUGAAAUUAAUUAUAACUCAGCAUUUCUAUGUAUGUAGCGCAAACCGGCUAAAUAUUGACAAUUACUUAAGCAAAUAAAUAAAUAUUAUUAAAAAAAAAAAAACAGCAAACAAUAUUAAUAGAGGGACAUGAAUUAUGAAGAAA